AUGACCAUGAUAUAUUUGUCACGGGCAUCCCUGCUCCUACACUUCUACAUACUUCUAUCUCUUUUCAGUGUCAAUCAUGGCUUUGUUCUAUCACCAACAAGGCCGUCAGCAUCAUCCGUUGGACAGGAAUACCACCGUCAUCAUGAUUAUAAUGAAGUUAUUGUUCUUUCAGCAUCCACCAGUCUAAGCGCUGUCCAUAAAAAGAGUUUCGAUAGUCGCAACCAAAGCAACAACAACAACAACAACAACAAUGAUGAAAAUAGUGGAAUGAGAAAGCGAAUCAUCCAUCGACUGCGGAUACGACGAAACACCAAAACGACUCGUACAUCAAAAGCCACGACUCCUCCUCUUUCUCCUCCAUCAGGUCCUGCCACGCAGUACAUUCCUUCUGGCAUGACGUUGGAGGAGUACAACCAAUUGAAAGCAAAGGAGAUUGCUGCAGAAUCCAACAAGAAUUAUGGGGCGUGGGGACCUCGAUUUGCACCUAGCGAUCGCCCGGAAGGAGAUUGGAUGGUCUUGCCUCAGCAACUUUGGACUCAAGGUGCCGUGGAUGGACUCAAGGUGACAGCUGCUCAACAAAGUGGCAAGGAAUCAAAUAUCAAUCGCCUGCUGCAACGAAUCUAUCAACAGGUACCAGCCUUGAUCUUGUCCACUGUCGUAUUGGAUUCUGUGGUCACGGCAGUCACCCUGUAUCGAACCGCCACGGUCGAUUGGCGCCAAAUGGUAUGGAUCGCUUGUCGAGUCCCACUUGCCAUGUUACUACCAGCCAAAGUGAAACAAGUGGUGCUGGUAAACUUUACAAGAAUCCAUGCUGUCAAGGCAUUGGCAGUUCUAAUGAUAGCACCACUGUUGGAUAGAUAUUUCCUGAUUCCAGUCAAUCGGUAUCGACUGUGGAGCAAACGUCGGACGGUGGCUCUUUCCACUAUUGGAUCCCUGGGAAUAUUGAGUAUGUGGGCCUUGUUCCUUGGAACCUUGAAACGAGUGGGAUUGCUAUAA